AUGUGGAACUCACCCAAGGUCGGAAUUCUCGGCGGUGGCCAGUUGGGCCGCAUGCUCGUCGAGUCUGCCAACCGACUGAACAUUCAAGCCAACGUCCUGGACGCCGACAACUCUCCCGCCAAGCAGAUCAGUGCCCACGAUGGCCAUGUGACCGGCUCUUUCAAGGAGCGCGAAUCCGUACGCAAGCUGGCUGAGACCUGCGAUGUCAUUACCGCUGAGAUUGAGCACGUCGACACCUAUGCCCUCGAGGAAGUUGCGUCGAAGGUGCGGGUGGAGCCCAGCUGGCAGGCUAUCCGGACAAUCCAGAACAAGUUCAACCAGAAGGAGCACCUCCGCAAGUAUGGUAUCCCCAUGGCCGAUCACCGCGAGUUGCAGAACAACACACCGGAGGAAUUGGCACAGAUUGGCGAGCAGCUGGGCUACCCGAUGAUGCUGAAGUCGAAGACUAUGGCAUAUGACGGACGUGGCAACUUCCGUGUCAACUCCAAGGCAGACAUCCCGGAGGCCCUUGAGGCUCUCAAGGACCGCCCGCUCUACGCCGAGAAAUGGGCCUACUUCAAGAUGGAACUCGCCGUCAUGGUCAUCAAGACCAAGGAUGAAGUCCUCUCCUACCCCACCGUCGAGACCGUCCAAGAGGACUCAAUAUGCAAGCUGGUGUACGCGCCAGCCCGCAACGUCCCCGACGUCAUCAACCAGCAAGCGCAAGCGCUCGCUCGUAAGGCUGUCUCCGCCUUUGAAGGCAAGGGCGCUUUCGGCGUGGAGAUGUUCCUCCUGGAAGACAACAGCCUGAUGCUUUGUGAGCUCGCCAGUCGCAUUCACAACUCAGGCCACUGGACCAUUGAAGGCUGCGCUCUGUCCCAGUUCGACAGCCACAUUCGGGCCAUUCUUGACCUGCCAAUUCCCCCUAAGAGCCUCGAGCUCCUUCAGCCCUCGAUCAUGCUCAACAUUAUCGGCGGCGCAACUCCCGACUCCCACCUCAAGGCCACCGAAGCCGCCCUCUCCAUCCCCAACGCCAGUAUCCACCUCUACAGCAAGGGUGACGCCAAGCCUGGCCGCAAAAUGGGCCAUGUCACCGUCACUGCGGCAUCAAUGCACGAGGCCGAGACUAUGAUCCAACCCCUCGUCGAUGUCGUCGAUGAGAUGCGCGCCCAACGCCCCGAUAUCAAGACCAAGGCUGCUCCCUCCGGCCCCUCCAAGCUCGCCCCCUCGAUCGCCGUCGUCAUGGGCUCCGACAGUGACCUGAAGACCUUGGUCCCAGGCCUCAAGCUCCUGCGCGACUACUUCGGCCUCGAGCCUGAAGUCGAAAUUACCUCCGCCCACCGCACACCCGACUACAUGGCCGAGUAUGCGGCCAAGGCUGCCUCACGCGGUAUCAAGGUCAUCAUCGCUGCUGCCGGUGGUGCCGCCCAUCUCCCCGGAAUGGCAGCUGCGCACACUGCUCUCCCCGUCAUCGGCGUCCCGGUUAAGGGUAGCGUGCUCGAUGGCGUCGACAGUCUAUACAGCAUUGUGCAGAUGCCUCGUGGCGUCCCCGUCGCAACCGUCGGCAUCAACAACAGCAUCAACGCAGCUCUUCUCGCUGCCCGCGUGCUCGGCGCUUUCGAUCCCUCUAUCCAGCGCAAGGUGGAGUCUUACGCCGAGGCUGCUCGUGCUGAGAACAUGGAGUUGAAGGGUGCUAAGAUGCGCGAGCUGGGAUGGCAGAAGUACUUUGACCAGAUGUAG